AUGUCAUCAUCUAGGUCCAAGCUCCCCCUGCUCCUGCACGGGAUCCUGCUGUGCAGCUCCUUCGCUCCUCUGCCGGUCAUCAGCAGCAGGAGACAGAGCAUCCGGAGCAUUCGGAGCGCCGGGUCGCUGGUGCGCUCCUGGGAGAAGAGGGAGGAUUUGGCUGGAGAUGGAGAGUACCUGCUGGGGAUAAAGAGACUGAGGAGGCUUUACUGUAAUGUGGGCAUCGGGUUCCACAUCCAGGUCUUACCAAACGGCAAGGUCACAGGAGUGCAUAAUGAAAAUAGAUACAGCCUUCUGGAAAUGUCCCCGGUGGAGAGAGGAGUGCUGACUCUGUUUGGAGUGCGGAGCGGUCUCUUCAUCGCUAUGAGCGACAAAGGGAAGCUCUACGGCUCGGGCAGUUUCAACGAAGAGUGCAAGUUCAAGGAGAAUCUCCUGGCCAACAACUAUAACGCCUAUGAAUCAGCGGCUUACCCUGGCAUGUACAUCGGCCUAAGCAAGACCGGCAAAACUAAGAGGGGAAACCGGGUCACCCCAACCAUGACCAUGACACACUUCCUUCCCAGGAUAUGAGAUUUAAGAAAAAAACUCUCAGCAAUGCAGAACGAAGUCUGACCACAUUUUGGUCAGAUUUCACUGUCAGACUGCUCAGGUUCUCCUUCUACAAACAACACCACAAACCAUAGUGUGAAACUGUGUCCCUGUGCAUCAACUGUUAGUGUGCAUCAACAGCAGAACAGUAUGUGGCAUCAGCACACGCUGGAAUGAAAAAAUAAGGGUCCAAAUCAUGAUUUGUUUUCACAGUAUACCAUAUUAUACCAUCAGUUAAUGGAUCACACAAAAAGAUGAAUUUUUGUUUUCCAGUACAUGGUCAGCCCCACAUCAUAUAAAGCAGUUCCCAACCUUUUUUGUUUUGUGUCCCCCCUUGAGCUGGUCUCCAUUCUAUAAGACCCCCCCUCUGAUCUUUAAUGAUUGCCUAAAUGUUUUCUUGUGUUGAUCCCCUGUGUAAUUGUAUUUUACUGCUCCUUAGAUGAAAAUCCCUUGUUUAACUCACCCUGAAUAAGAGUGCAUUUAAACUUGAAAUUGAAAUGUAUUAUCAGUGAAAAACUGACAUUAAGACUCACUUCUAGCAGUUUCAACAUUUUUUGUUAGGACGAAAGCUUCUGAAGGACUGUGGCCAAGUUGUUAGCUUUCUAAGCUGGUGGCCGUGCAAAGAAUGUCCUAAUAUUCAAGAGGUUUAUAACAAUCAGUAUUUGAUAAUUAUGUUUUUCAUUUAUUGCUUAUAGUGAGAGUCUUCAUGAGACCUUAAGAAACAGGCAGCAUUCCCACCUUUUCAUCAGCUGUCAACCCCACACCUGCUAUUUCUGAGUAUUUUUAUUAACAUAUCUGUCAACACAUGUGGUUCAAUCAGCUCAUUUUCACCAGUGUCUUAUGUUUGGAGAUUUCCUCUGUUUUAAGGGCAUAAUUAAGAGAAGCUGUCAUCUGGUGUCUCUGAGCUAGUUUGUUAUGUGUCAGUGAGAUAGCUAGUUAGCUCAAUUGCUAAUGAAACAAUAGCUUCACAGUUUGAACAGUGUGGUUUUCUUUAGCAUCACGUCCUGUUUAAGCGGUGGAACAGUUCUACUGAAUGAUGUCAGCUCCUCCACUCAACUCACCUGAUCACAUAUACAUGUACUUUUUAAGUCAUUUUUUUUGUUUAAGGUUUUUGUUGUUUUUGUUGAAUAUAAGGACAUUUCAUGGCACAGUGUGGUGAACUGUCCCAGUAAAGCUGCUAAUUUACAAUGUAGUCAGUGCGGACAUGCAGUCAUUGCAUUACCUUGCAUUUCACCAACACUUUGUUUCAGAGCGCCUCUAUAGAGCACUUUUGGGUUUAGUGUCUUACCUGAGGCACUUCAAAAUGUUGACUGCAGGAGAUCAAACCACCGGCCCUCUGAAUGGUGGAUGACCACUUAACCCCUGAGCCACAGUCAACCAAUGACCAAGGAGUGGUCUCUGAAAUUGGCUGUCCAUUGAUGGUGUUGGUGAUUAGAAAGUUGGUAUUGAGUAUUUAUUUUUCAUGAAGUGACAUUUUUUUUAUGGAGUUUUCAUUUUAA